AUGCCUGUAACAUUCCACCCCAGCAACAUUCCUGCACAAUCUUUUACAAAAACAUCUAGGGCUUACUCGGCGGAAGGACUCCUGGCCGCCGCCUGCCCCAAUCAACGCGCGCAAUGCGAUGAAAUUCUCAAAUCCUCUUUCUCCGAGACUGAUAACGGAGACAUCCUACCCAAAACCAACGGCUUCGUCCACACGGUCGUAGAAGCUUACAAUAACCACCGUUGCUUGAUUAUCCGCCCGGACGACGUCUGGGCCGCCAUCCUCGUUCAGUUGAGUUUCUACAUUAAUGCACACGGCGAAAAAUUCCGUUCCGUGUUCGUCUCCCAUGAAGGGAAGAAGAUGCUCACUAUGACCAACGAAAUUAUAAAGAACGUGAACGAUCCCGCUCUGCGCGAUUGGAUCCUUCCUCAAUUCACGACAACCCCGACUGACACGGUCGUCUUCUCCGUGCUUAUGAUGGCGACGAUGAAGACAUACUUCACUUACCGUUUUAUGUUCGGUUGUGGUCUGCCACGGGUGACGCUCGAAGGCGAAAAAUCAGACUGGGAAAUUAUUCUUGAAAGAUUGGAAAGGCUCAAGGAGUACGGGUUACAGACCAUCGCUUGGUAUCACUUACUCAAACCGGUUAUUUCGAAUUUCGUACGGGCAUUUGAGGAUCCGAAGGGCGCUGAGAAUCUCGAUUUUUGGAACCGUAUUUGUAGUUCUAAGCAUAGGGGGAGCGGCGCAUCGUAUCUCGCGGGGUGGGUUUUCUAUUAUGCUGAGGUUAAGAAUCGAGUUGACCUCUACAUUCUCAAGCUCGUCAAUGAGGUUGAUCCCGCGACGCUUUCUGCAGAAGAUUUUUUCAGGAUUUAUGGAAACGCGGCCGGCGCACACCUGUCUUCACUCGUGAUAGACGGCACCCGGUACCAUGAGGUCGAUAACAAGAAAAUCCCGUCUGGAUUUGCCGAAGUUGACGUCCUCGUCGAGAGUAUGUUGAAGUGCAAGAUGACCGUCGGCUUGAUUGGGUUGCAGAUAUGUUCUAGCGGUGAUAAACAAAAGGCCAAAUCUGGGCAGAGAGAUACUGUCAAACCCGUUUCGGACGAGGAGAAUUAUUCUGGUGGCAAAUCGAGCCUACAUUUUUUCAACACCUGUACAGCUGUGAAGAUCAAAGUUUUUGAUGCAGCCUAUCCUACACGAGGGUCUUCUCCGAUAUUCUGCAGCGCCUCCAAUUCUAAUGUAAGGUCGUCCCCAAAUUCCACUAUAAACCUUCGCCAGAGAAUGAGGCCCGGUAAUGGCAGGCAAAAUAACACGGGCGUGCACGUUGGUCUUCCUGUUCUUGCUGGUCAUGACGGAAAGGAAGCUGGAAUUUUCCGAGUCUGGGAGUGGCAUUUCGCGCAGCUCGAUGAACUGCAUACAUCGAGCAGGAUAGUUAGGGAAAUUUUUGAUGAUCUGCGUUCGAUGUUGAGAGGAACCGGUUUAUCAACGGCUCUCUGA